GGGGAGGUGGCCGCUUACCCGCAGGCUUUUGUCUGAGGGGACCUCCCGAGGAAACCCUCUCCGCAAAUACACCCAUUGCUCGGAUUUCUAAUGGUGGUGAAAAAGGUUCCCUGCCCUACCUGCGACGUUCGUGAGUGGCUCGGCCUGGCCUGUCUUUGGGUCACUUUUCCUCCAGCGGUUGGUUUUGGACACCAGGGAGAAAUGCUGGGAUCCCCUGGGAUGGAGGUUAUGGCCCCCGCCGCACCGCUGAGCGACCGGGGUUGCAGAAUGCGGAAAAGAUGAGGAAUCUCUUGUCCAAUACACCUCAGGGUUAUGAGCCUUCUUGUACCACCACCCCUUUUUGGGGAGACUGCAUCCCGAAUCCUGAUGGACCUCUCUCCAUUUACCAUGUAUAUGUAGCACAAAGUUAUCAUUGUUGGGCUGGAUAAUGCAGGGAAAACUACCAUUCUUUACCAAUUUUCUAUGAAUGAAGUUGUACAUACAUCCCCUACAAUAGGAAGUAAUGUAGAAGAGAUAGUGAUUAAUAAUACACGUUUUCUAAUGUGGGAUAUUGGUGGCCAAGAAUCUCUUCGUUCUUCCUGGAACACUUACUAUACUAACACAGAGUUUGUAAUUGUUGUUGUGGACAGUACAGACAGAGAAAGGAUCUCUGUAACUAGAGAAGAACUCUAUAAAAUGUUAGCCCACGAGGAUCUGCGGAAAGCUGGAUUGCUGAUUUUUGCUAAUAAACAAGAUGUUAAAGAAUGCAUGACUGUAGCAGAAAUUUCCCAGUUUUUGAAACUAACAUCCAUUAAAGAUCACCAGUGGCAUAUACAGGCAUGCUGUGCUCUUACUGGCGAGGGAUUAUGCCAAGGACUUGAAUGGAUGAUGUCACGACUUAAGAUUAGAUGAUCUCUACUGACCUCUUAUGUCAUAGACUUUGUAUAAACGAAGUGCUGGACUUUACCUGAAAGCUGCAAAAAUUAAUGGUUUAGAUAUAUUUAUAAUAAACUGAUUUAAACUUUUUCUAUAAGAAGAAAAAUUAGGACCACGUAUUUGAAAACAAAGAUGAAGUCUCUUCUUCCAAUCUGCUUUCUCAUUAGUUCCUUCCAAAGCAAGGUCUUAAAGCUGUGAUUGACAUUUUUCUCAUAAUGAAUCCUCUCAGGACAUUGUAUAGCCUGUGGUAAGUACAAAGGGAGAGGAAGACAUUUUUAACUUUAAGAGCUUUAUUAUCAGUAUAACCCUCCCUAGUUGAAUGUUGUUCUCUUCUUGUUCCAUUAAGUCAAAAUACAAAUCAGCACAGAUACUGAGUUUCCAAUAUUUUAAAAUGUAAUGUUACUUACGAAAAGUAUUUUACAUAAGGUUGUGUAUGUAUUGUGUAUAUACCUCAAGUUUGUUAAUGGCUUUGAUUUAUGUUCUAAAGAAAAGCAAAUAACACAAAAUUUAAUAAUAUCCUUAGUUAUAACCAUAACAAGAUGAAAACUGGCAUUGGUGUUAAGUGCCAUUUUGUACUUUGCCCCUGUGUUCUCUGUAUUGUACUAACCAACCCCCAAAAUCAUUGAGCUGCU